CUUCACCCAGUCUGGGCCACAGCGGGACAGCAAACCUCUGUGUUCGGCUCCUGUGGCCAGGUCUUGUGAUGUAGCUGCAGGAGACUGUGUGCAGCUCAAGGUCAGGAGGAGGAUCCGGCUGCAGCCUCGGGGGGAACCGGCCCAUCUGGAUCGUGGGACCUGCGGAGGCAACAGGACCUAACUUUCCCCGCAGCGGCUCUCCGCCUGUGUACGCGGACACUAUGGAGGGACUGUAGGGCUCUGAGGAGCAUGUGAGGCCUGGGCCACUGUCAACACCUCCCACGGCCGAGUCCAUUCUCCCUGCUUGGCCCUGAUUCGGUCGAGGGGGGAAAUGGGCCCUGCCUCGCUGCAGGAGGAGAGAGAGCCGGAGAAAAGGUCCAAGAAGGAGAUGGAGAGCUACCGCUGCCUCCUGCAGGCUGGCUCCCAGCUCGAGAGCACUGUGCAGCAGGUCACUGCCCCUGUGAGCAUGAAGGAGGUGGGAGGCUACAUAGAGAAACAGGUGGCAUACCUGUCAGGAGGUCGUGGGGACGACUCCAGCGUCAUCAUAACUCUCCCUGAAUACUCGGCUUUCAGUGACAUUCCAGAGGAAGCUUUAGCCAAAGUGUUUACAUACCUCACUCUAAUCCCUCGAACGAGACAACCUGGAGUGAAAUUUAUCAUCAUUUUAGACAGAAGACUGGACACAUGGGCCUCGAUCAAAACUGCACUCGCCAGGAUAGCAGCGUCUUUCCCCGGGAACCUCCACCUGGUCUUGGUGCUCCGACCCACCAGCUUCUUCCACCGCACCGUGACCGACAUCGGCUUCCGCUUCAGCCAAGACGACUUCAUGCUCAAAAUGCCAGUGGUGAUGCUGAGCUCUGUGACAGACCUGCUGCGCUACAUCAGUGAGAACCAGCUGACGUCAGAGUUUGGAGGCACUUUGGAUUAUUGUCACAGCGACUGGAUUGUUUUACGAACGGCGAUUGAGAGUUUUGCUGUGACAGUCAAAGACAUUGCUCAGAUGCUGCAGGGCUUUGGGACCGAGCUGGCAGAGACGGAGGUGCCCGACAAGGGGAAGGCCAUCGAGUAUCUUCUGGAGUCUCAAACCGACAAGUACAGGAAACUCAAGGAUGCAAUCAGAUCAGUGUCAAAGGAAGGUCGUCAUCUUCUCUCCAGCCUGGAGACGUCUGGGAGGGAGGACGACUCUCAGUGGGAUGUGAAGCUGGACUGGGAGACCGUUCAGAGUCCCGUUCUUUGUAGGCUUCUGGCUCAGCUCAGAGACAUGGAGUCUGCGUUCGACGGCUUCUUUGAGAAGCAUCAUCUGAAACUGCACCAGUACCUGCAGCUGCUCAAAUACGAGCAAAGCUUCCAGGAGAUGGAGUUGUGUCUGGAGCAUCUGACGGCUGAGGAGAGGGAGCUCUCUGUUUCCGUCGACACUCCGGCUCAGACGGAACAGGCUCUCAAACGGCUGGACGAGCUGGAGUCCAAUGCACAGGAGGUGGUGUCUCGAGCUCAGAUCAUCAUCCUUCACGGACACCAGCUCUCGGCCGGUCACCACUUCGCCGUGGCUCUGAUCAUGCAGCGCUGCAACGAGCUACGUCACCACUGUGACACGCUGAACGCCGCUCUGAAGACCAAACACUCUCAUCUCCUGCACACACACCAGCUGCUGCUCUGUCUGGAUCAGGCCCACACCUGGUGUGAUGACGGAGCGUACCUUCUGGCCAAUCAGCUGGUAGAAAACUUCCAGUCAAAGGAGGGGGCUCAGGCUGCUUUGAAGGACAUCGAGAAGUUACUGGAGAGGGCGCCGUCCAUUCUCAGCUCAGGACCUGACAUCGUGGCCAUUGAAUAUGAGUCUGUCAUCACACCUCCUCUGCAGGCCGAGAUUGGUAAAACCUUUGAGAAGCAUGCAGAGGUGCAGCAGAUGAUCCAGAACCGACAGGCUUGUCUGAGGAAGCUGGCUGAUAAACACGUCCGACCGGUCCAGCUGGUGGCCCCCAGGGCUGAAAACCCACCACGCGCCAAGUCCCCGCUCUUCUCCCCCAAGCAUGGUGAUGGUUUGAAGUUCACUUUCGACCUCUCGCUGCCCGGGAAGAGGGCGUCACGGAAGAGCCCCAACACCAGAAAAAUCGAGGUGAUCCACGACUACCAGGAGAGCCGGGGCUGCGUGUCCUACAGCCUGGAGGGAGAGGACAGCCCGGAUCUCCUGAAACGACAUGUGAUGAGGGAGCUCAUCGAGACUGAGAGGAUCUACGCUGAAGAGCUGCUCUCAGUGCUGCUGGGUUACAGGGCUCAGAUGGAGAACCCAGUUCUGUCAGCCCUUCUGCCUCCGAUCCUGCGCAGCAAGAGAGACGUCCUGUUUGGAAACAUGCCAGAGAUCUACAACUUUCACAGCAGGGUCUUCCUUCAGGACCUGGAAGGAUGCCUGGAGGCUCCUGAAGGCGUGGGAGCUUGUUUUCUGAAGCGGAAAGAGAGUUUUGAGAUGUACGAGUGCUACUGUCAGAAUAAGCUGCGCUCGGAUGCGCUGUGGAGACAGUUCUCCGACUGUGCCUUCUUUCAGGAAUGUCAGAAGAAGCUGGAGCACAAACUGGGCCUGGACUCGUACCUUCUGAAGCCGGUGCAACGUCUCACCAAAUACCAGCUGCUGCUCAAGGAACUGCUAAAAUACAGUCCGGACUGUGAGGGGACUUCUGAACUGCAGGGGGCGCUAACAGCCAUGCUGGACCUGCUCAAAUCAGUCAAUGACUCCAUGCAUCAGAUAGCCAUCACAGGAUAUGAGGGUGACAUGUGUGAGCUGGGCCGGGUGCUGAUGCAGGGCUCCUUCAGCGUGUGGAUCAGCCAUAAGAGAGGUCCCACGCGCAUGAAGGAGCUGGCUCGCUUCAAACCGAUGCAGCGACACCUGUUCCUGUACGAGAGGGCUCUGCUGUUCUGCAAGCGGAGGGAGGAGCACGGGGACGGCUGCGACAAGACGCCGUCCUACAGCUUCAAGCACUGUCUCAAGAUGACAGCUGUGGGGAUCACAGAGAACGUCAAAGGAGAUGUGAAAAAGUUUGAGAUCUGGUACAGUGGCAGGGAGGAAGUGUAUGUGGUUCAGGCUCCCACAGUGGAAGUGAAGAUGGCCUGGCUCAACGAGCUGCGUAGAAUCCUGACCAACCAACAGAAGCUGCUCAGAGAUGAAGCGUAUCAACAAGGCCAAAUGGCAGAGCACAUGCCGCUGUCCCCCCCGCUCUCUGAGAGCAAGCAGCAGAGGGCGUCGGUGAGCUCGGAGGACACGGAGUCGGGGAGGAGCAGUCCGGACCCCCAGCCUCACUCCCCUAAACACCAGCACAACCGCAGGAGUUGGCCCGGAGCUCAUCACUCGGGAGACAACUGCGAGGGUCUGGAGGAGUGGCCUGGAGGUCGGGACGCUUUCCGCCCGUUUGACUCGGGCGAGGAGGUUCUGGUGCCACUGUCUCCCGGCAGAUACAAGGCUUUGGCCGACUGUCCUCAGAACGGACCAGACAGCGUCACCAUCAAAUGUGGGGACGUGAUCCAACUGCACUCUGAGAACAACAAGGGACGCUGGCUGGUGAAAAAUCUGAGUCGUCGACAGGAGGGCUUCAUAGCUGCCACCAGCCUGCAGCUGAUUGUAGGAGACAGUAGCCGAGGACGCUCCUCCAGACUCGGAGAAGGCGGGAACCUGAAAGUGCGAAAGCUCAGCUCCCCGUAGAGAAGCAAGCACAGAAUGUGAAUCUCAAAGUGGCCUGCGGACGAUGAGCAGACAGAAGGACCGGACGGAGCCGCACCUGAACCCUAACUGCUGCACUAUCAGCUCCUCCCUCCCUGGAGCCGGCUGCUCUCCUCAGCACAGUUCGGUCAUUGAACAGACAAACACGUGGGAAUGUAGAGACCUGAUGGACAGUCUCCUGGCGGAUUGGGACAGCACAGGAACUACUUCGCCCUCUUGGACAAUCAAAUCUCGAUGCCAGGAUCCUGAUUGGUCUUCCUCUUUUCUGAGUGAUGAGGAGUUUCCUCUUCCUCUGGCGCUCAAUCUGCAACACAAACACACACACACACACACACAUUGAGGAAAUGACAAUGCUGCUGCAGGACUGGGUCCCGGAAUCAUUUUUCAACCCGUUUCCAUUCCAGCUAAAAACUUGAGGUUCCAGCCUCUGUGUGUGUGUGUCACUGUUGUCUCAGUGUGAGCGCGAUGGAGCCGCACAAAGGAUUUGCCUGAAACAUUUAUUAAAGGCUUUUGUAUAUGUACAAUAUCAUUUUUAACAUUUGUUAUAUAUAUACGUGGGUGUUUCAUCUUUUUGCGUGGUUAGUUUUUUUCCAUUGAACUUCGUCACCGUCGAUUUCUGACAUUUCAUUCCAUGAGGCAGACUGUGAGGUUGAAACGCCAAAAUGUGCCAUGCCAUAUUGCCUUUUUUAUUCCCUGCUCUUUUGGAGUCUCUUGUACUGUUUGCAGAGUCAAAUGCUCCUCAUGCUUUAACCUGACCUCACCAAACA